CCCGCCCUCCUUGCCCGCCAUGUCGCCCCUCCCCCAGCAGCAGCAGCGAGAGUGACCGGGCGGGAACCCGGAAGCGCUUUCCCUUCCCGGUGACACCUCAGCAGCCACCUCAGCCGGAGGAGUGAGGUGGCGUCGGGACAGUUAGCGAGCCCACCAUCCCUGCCGGCGCGGCGCUUCCCCCCCGGCGUAUGUUCUGUCGCUGCCUCUUGGCUUCCGCGGCUCGUGUCGGUCCCUCGGCUCCUCGGCUGGGCGCGGCGGCGGCGUCCUUGGCUUCUUCCGCCCCUUCCCCUCGCUUGCUGCUCCUCAUGAAGCCGGUGGUCGUGUUCGUUCUCGGCGGGCCUGGCGCCGGAAAGGGGACCCAGUGCGCCCGCGUUGUGGAGAAAUACGGUUACACACACCUCUCAGCAGGUGACCUGCUUCGAGAUGAGAGGAAGAGACCGGGCUCUCAGUAUGGAGAGCUCAUUGAAAGUUACAUUAAAGAUGGAAAAAUUGUUCCUGUUGAGAUAACCAUCAGCUUGUUAAAGAGGGCUAUGGAUGAAACUAUGGAAGCCAAUGCACAGAAGAAUAAAUUCUUAAUUGAUGGAUUUCCCAGAAAUGAAGACAAUCUUCAGGGCUGGAACAAAACCAUGGAUGGAAAAGCAGAUGUAUUGUUUGUCCUCUUUUUUGAUUGUGACAACGAGGUAUGUAUUAACCGUUGCCUUGAAAGAGGAAAGAGCAGUGGCAGAAGUGAUGACAACAGAGAAAGUCUGGAAAAGAGAAUCCAUACGUAUCUAGAGUCUACCAAGCCCAUAAUAGACCUCUAUGAGAAAAUGGGCAAAGUUAGGAAAGUAGAUGCCUCUAAAUCUGUUGAUGAGGUUUUUGGCAAAGUUGUGAAGAUCUUUGAUAAAGAAGGCUAGUUCUCUACUUGAACACUGUUUUCAAACUUGCUUGAAUCUUGCUUUAAGAGCUGCUACUAUAGUUCAUUUUAUAAUGGUGAUAAAAUAUGCCUUUUUAAACAGUUUAAAAAUGGUUAAACCUGGUUUAAAAUAUGAGUUAGAAUUAGAUGUGGCUUGUCAUUAAGAUAGAUACAGUCAAAAAGAUUUGCAACUGGUAAAGAACCCUAAUUGCAGAACAAAAAUAGUAAUUAAAUGCUAAUCCUAGCUUUUUUCAGAAAGCAUCUGGUGAUCCCCUUAAUUUUUCUUUUCUUACUGCCCAAAGCCAUGUUAUUUUUUAGAAUCCCGCAUACUGAAAUUGUAAAUAUAAAUAAGAGGGCCUGUUGAAUUUAUUUUCAGUUUCUUUUUCUUUUCGUUUUGGACCAAAUAUGGGGAAAUAAUAUGUGGUUUUUAAAAAAAUAUAUAUUUGCUGUUUUGAAUGACAGGCAAUUGCUGUAAGCAACAGUUUUAAACAGAGUAUCCCCUUUGUAUUAAAUAGUUCUUGUUUAUUUGGUUGCUAAUAAAGCAAAGACCCUCAUGAGGCACCCCAAUAUUAACCACACUACUUGGAAGUUGUCCCGUUGCUUUCACAUUUUGGUGCUCCCUGUAUCCCACACAUGCUUGAAGGCAAAGCCUCUGAGAAAAGGAACCACACAGUAUGCAGAGUGUGUGCAAGUGUGGCAAGAGGGACAGCUCCUUUUCCAAAGAUAAUGAAGAACAACAGUAUCUGGAAAUCACGUACGUUAUAGUUUAUAAUCGGUGGGUUGGAUUCAAUCUAUGUUGCACUUAGGUCCCACUGAAAUCAAUUUGAAAAGUUUAGUCAUGAUUAAUUUUAAUCCCAUUGAUUUUAAUGGGAGAAUGCAAUCAGCAGAGCAAUCCUUAACAGCUCCUGCAGAAUCCAUCCUGAUAAUCCCAUUUUGCAAGUUUUGCACUGUCUAUCCCCCUGAGCACAGCAGACGCCUCCAUCACAGCAAAACCAGGCAAAUACAUACCAUCUCAGAGGGUUAGGACUGCAGCUUAACUUAAGUUGGGUCAAGCCUAGUGCAUUUAGGGCUGAGGAUUCAGAUUAUGUAGAUGCUGCACACAUUUAGGUGUCUGUGUAUUUGCAAGUAAUAUGGGCAUUUUGUAUUUGCAGUACCCACAAGGGUUAAGAAAUCAGAUAUUUGAAAGCAGCUAUUAUGGUAACAUUCACUUGCCACACAACUCUAGCUGCAUGAUAAAAUUAAUCUAGAAGCUUUGUAACAAAAUUAUUUAUUCAGUGAUUUUAAGUGUAGGUUUUGAGAUAGGUUGGAGGGGAAAUUCUUAUGGUUAUAUUUUCCGCUAAAAUUGUAUAACUUGGACAUUUCGACUCAAUUAUACGUUUGAUAUGGUUUGACCAAUAUAAAAGCAUACUAGAUCUGUAUUGUUUAAAUUUAAUGUGUUGCUGGUGGCAGAAAUGAGUUUUUAAUAACUUGAUUAAUUUGGAUAACAAAAACAUACUGAAAUGCUUGCACAACUGUUCUAAUUGCACAUUUCUUUAAUUUAAAAAUGGCAUAAAAAUAUGGGGCUGGUUACAUAAAUCUGUGGGGUUAUUAUUCUUUUUUUCUUUUCUUAAAAUGUCCAUUGAAUAGGAUCUGGGAAAUGUGAUGAUGCAUACUUAUUAGUGCACUCAUUAAGGUUUCUUGUGAUGGUUGCUUCAUAAGCUACCAUUUUAACUAUGUUUACAACUAUUAUUUUUCCUAUUUUUGUCUCUCUCUCACAGAAUAGCUUUUUGUGAUAUAUUUUGUCUUUUCAUUAAAAUAUAAUUAAGGAACUGCAA